CCCACUCCAACCUUUCACAACCUCACAAUAGCGACGACAGAAGCCUUCUGCUUACAAUGCUAUUGACUGCCUGCCAAGAGGGUACGUGCACGUUAUUGCCUACUUCUAGAGCUCCUCUCCACCUGCAAACUUUCAUCUCCUCGGAUUUUGAUCGUGUACGACUUUUGACGCAAAGUCGCUCUUCUGAUUUCCAAGACGCGAUCUUCACCGCAUUAUCCAUACCAGCAGCGAAAAUGCACCCAGAUCACCAGAUCAUCUUUAAGGAAACAGUCAAGUUUUCUGGCGUUUCCGAUACUCCAGGGAUACUGUCCUCCAUUACGCCAGAUCCAGAGCACUCCAUGGAACCGAGCUACGGGACUACCGAGACUCAGGGACAGCUGAAGCAACAGGCUAUCGAUCCCACCACAACGCCACCCAAGACACCUCCCAAGCGGCGUUUAGAGCUCGACUCUCGUGAAGUGUAUGACGGGACGCCUCUGCACCUUAAUCCCGGUGUUGAUUCGACUCGCCCAGUCAAGCGGCGGCGCCGCGCCGGUGAUGACCUCACCAUCGCGAUGAACGAGAGUAUUUACCAACCCAAGGACGGACGACGACCUGUCCGAAUCCCGGGCAGCAGGAAGGAUGCCACUCCGCCAAUCACCGCUCGCAGGACGGCUGCCCCAGAAGGUCUCAAGAAGAUUCAACAGAAGUCGUCCAGCACCCUGUCACUUUCAAACACUGCCAUCCAAACCCCGUCUGAAUCUCCUUCCUCGCCUAUCGAACCCGCCCCCCCAUCAAAGUGGCAUCGCUCCACCGAGGGCAAAAAGGCCAGCAAGACGCCAUCCCGGAAGAUUGUUGCGACACCAGCACCCAUCCAAGAAGCUCCACUCAUCAUCCCAUCCGUAAGUGCCAAAGCAACAGUGGCAAAGCCUCCGACGAAAGUGCGUCCUGCAGAGCAGCCAAAGCCUCAGGUAGAAGUUGAUGACCGUUUUAUGCCAAACGAGGAGAACGGCUUCCAUUUGAGGUACGGCAGCAAGGAUGGCCGACUCUCAGCUAAGGAAUUGGAGUCCCUCCUGAACCCUCCUCGCUUGGCAGAGCCAGAGCUGUUUAGCUGCUACAUGUCGGCUCUCAGCUUCAAAAGAUUGGGCCAGUUGCCAGUACCCGGUCUUGCGAAUACUCUCAUCAAGAAGAUGGAAAGGGGUGAGAAAGACUACCAACGUUGGGUUCAGGGUGGAAUGGGUGGCCCCGAGGAGUGGUGGGACGAGAACCACGUUUAGGUAUGCCCAGAACGAAGGAUGAGGAAGCAGCUACAGAAGAAUUCCGGCUUUUAGGGAAGGGGCGGCGGCGCGGAGAAGUGAUCAUAGCACUUUCUCAGGUGGAGGAACAACGGGAGCUCUCUUCUGAAGCGCAGUGGCAUCUCAGCGGGUUUGGCAGGCAUGUACACUAGCA